AUGUACAAUUGUAGGUUGCAUUCUUCACCAUCCGGGGAGUUAAGUCCAUCACAGCUCUUGAGAAAGUCACCUUCUCCAGCUUUAACUGUAAACUGCAAGAACGUGCCAAAUAAAGAGUUGAUUCAGUUAUGUCCUUCAGAAACAGAAGUUCUAGAGACUUCAGAACAAAACCAGGGUGCUAUUCCAUUUCCCAAUAAUGAACCUCUCCUCAGUGGCAAUUCUCAGCUGGACUUCGAUGCAAUAUGUGAAAAUGAUGACACAGCUAUGACAGCUCUCAUGAAUUACUUGGAGGCUGAUGGAGGACUUGGGGAUCCAGCUGAACUCAGUGAUAUACAAUGGGCUCUCUAGUUUUGCUUUUUCAAAAUAAGAAGGAAUGUAAAAUCUGUGAUGCACAACAACCGUACAUCCUCAGUACUGUAUUAUAGUUUUUCUAAUGUUUCAUUUGAAUUCAUACUUACUGUUUUUAAAGACUGAAGCCUUGUUCAGAGAGAGACAGUUUCUGCUGCACCUAUGGAAAAAUGCAAUAUUUUUUUCAUGUUGGGGAAACCUUGAAAUUUUAAUAUUGAACCAUCUGUAACUGGAAUGCUUAAAACACAUUAUAUUUUUGCUAAGAAGCUUUAACCAAAAGGUACUGUACAAUGUACAGGAAUAUUUUUUCUUAGUUUUAAUACUUAAACUUUUAUUUAUUGUUUUUGUUUCAAAUGGUAGAAUAUUGAUUAUCCAUGUUAUUUUCUGUAUAACCUACUGUACUUAGUUUAAGAAUAUUUCUAACUAUUAAAUUUCAUUGAACUGAUCAUUUGCACACACUACAGUUGUAAA